AUGGACUAAGAAAGUGUUUUUGAUCUAUCAUCAACUUUAGAUUUUCAAUUGGAAACGUUACCAUUCUACGGAGUUCGAGGGCGUUCAGAAGAAUUGAGUGAAUUGAUUAAAUAAAAUCUAUAGAACAAUGUCCAUAAUAAUAAGGGGUUGUUCACUAAUCCUAUUAAGUAAUUGGUGAGCAAACAGAAGAAUAGAUUUGUUUAGGAUGGUUUCGAUUUAGAUUUGUCAUAUAUCACUGAAUAAAUAAUAGCUAUGGGGUAUCCUGCAAAUGACUAUGAAGCUAUUUAUCGAAAUUCUAUGGAAGAUGUUUAGAAGUUCUUUAAUCAGAGACACAAAGAUCAUUAUAGAAUUAUCAACUUAUGUUCUGAGCGUAAAUACAAUCAUGCAUAUUUUGACGGAAAUGUGUCAGAAUACCCGUUUGAAGAUCAUUAAGCACCAUAAUUCAGCAUGAUUUUUGAAUUAUGCAAUGAAAUACACAACUUCAUUUGUUAAGACAAGUAGAAUGUAGUUGCCAUUCAUUGCAAAGCUGGUAAAGGUAGAACUGGUGUUAUGAUUUGUUGUUACAUGCUUUUUUCAGGAAUGUUCAACAACAGUUAUGAGGCUAUGCGUUUUUAUGGUAUAAUGAGAACAAAGAACAAGAAAGGAGUUACGAUACCCUCUUAAAUUCGUUACAUUUUGUAUUUUGAAAAAGCGUUGUCAUUUGGUUUUGAAGCUCAAGAUAUUCCAUAAAAUAAAAUUUAAAUAUCAUAAAUUAGGUUAAUUACAAUACCAAUAAUGAAUUGUUAAAACUCAUGCAAUCCAUAUAUCUUAAUACAAAACAACCAAUCUAAAAUACUUGUUUCAAAGUUUCAAAUUGUGAAAGACAGCUUUAUUAUUUUUAUGACUGAUGCAGUAGUCGAAGGAGAUACUCGUAUCAUAUGUUACAAUAAAUCUUUACUCAGUAAACAGAUCAUGUUUUAAUUUUGGUUUCAUACUUCCUUUCUGGAUGAUACUGGUCUACUAAUUAUUGAUAAGUAUAUGUUAGAUAAGGCUGUCAAAGACAAGAACCAUAAAGUGUUCUCACCUAAUUUCAGGGUAGAAGUAUAAACUUUUACAUUACUAAAUUGA